AAGAACGGAACACUUCGCAUUAGAGUCAGCCGAACGACUCACAACACACCCUCACAACGCUCAGGAUAGUUGGAGCAAAGUACCUGCCAAAUCCAUAGUCCAAAAUGUCUUACAAAGAAGAGCAGUUGACCGAGUUCAGGGACGGCUUUAUGCUGUUUGACCAAAUUGGAGAUGGAAACAUCAACUACGACCAGAUCGGCAAAAUGCUCCGAGCGAUGGGCCUGAACCCCAUUGAUGGUGAGGUGAAGAAGGUGGAGGCGGAUUUUAAGACGAAGGAGCGAGUCUCGUUUGAGGAGUGGCUACCCAUCUACACCGAGUUUAGCAAGAAGAAACCCCCAGCCAAGGAAGAUUUCCUUGAGGGUUUGAAGGUCUUUGACCGUGAGGCUAACGGCAAGAUCGACUCAGGCACGUUCAGAGGGCUUCUGUGCAACAGAGGUGACAAAAUCACAGAAGAGGAGGCGGACGCCAUCUUGGCCGGACACGAAGACACAGUAAAGGGUGAGGUCGACUACAACGAGCUUAUCGACUUCGUUAUGGCGGAAUAAGCACGAGAAUUCUAUAGUCUGCACCUUAACACAAGAAAUACAAACAUUUUGGGACCAUUUUUUGAACACUGGAAGGAGUUUCAAGCCAUCGGGUAACUGGGAACCUUGUCUUGAGAGAAUGUCUUCACGGAACCAAAAAAAACAAGAAUCACAUCUUUUAAGAUAAGUUACUCAGCCCGUUGCACUUAAUUAAAAGAACAAUUAGGUAUUUUUUAACCACCAAAAUCUUUGUAUCUUUGUAAAAACUCUUGAACAGAGAUGAAAAAGGCAGCGUCCUACGAAUCCUUA